UGACUGGCAGCGGGACGCGGCGGCGGCGGGAGCCGGAGCGGGAGCGGCCGGGCCGGUGGAUCCGCGGCCGAGGCCGGCAUGGCGGCGCCGCUCGCUGCGCGCCGGGGCGCCGGGGACGCGGGCGGGCGCCGAGGGCCGCUGCUGCCGCCGCUGCUGCUGGCGCUGCUGCUGGCGCGGCCGGCGGCGGCCCUGGUGGAGGGGCUGUACUGCGGCACGCGGGACUGCUACGAGGUGCUGGGCGUGAGCCGCGCCGCCGGCAAGGCGGAGAUCGCGCGGGCCUACCGCCAGCUGGCGCGGCGCUACCACCCCGACCGCUACCGGCCCGAGCCCGGCGACCCGGGCCCCGGGGGCGCGCCGAUCAGCGCCGAGGAGGCCUUCCUGCUGGUGGCGACCGCCUACGAGACGCUCAAGGAUGAAGAGACUCGGAAAGAUUAUGACUACAUGCUGGAUCACCCAGAGGAAUACUACAGCCAUUACUAUCACUACUAUCGCAGGCGCCUCGCCCCCAGAGUGGACGUUAGGCUUGUGAUUCUGGUCAGUGUGUGUGCCAUCUCGGUGUUCCAGUUUUUCAGUUGGUGGAAUAGCUACGACAAGGCGAUCAACUACCUGGCCACAGUGCCCAAAUACCGCAUCCAAGCCAUGGAAAUUGCUAAAGAGCAGGGGUUGCUCAGAAAAGCCAAAGAGAAGGGCAGAAACAAGAAAUCUAAAGAGGAAAUUCGUGAUGAGGAGGAAAACAUUAUAAAGAACAUUAUAAAGAGUAAAGUGGAUAUAAAGGGAGGCUAUCAAAAACCCCAGAUAUGUGACCUUCUCCUGUUUCAAAUUCUCUUAGCUCCUGUUCACUUGUGCUCUUAUAUAAUCUGGUACUGCCGGUGGGUCUAUAACUUUAAUAUCAAAGGCAAAGAGUAUGGGGAAGAAGAAAGACUAUAUCUCAUACGUAAAUAUAUGAAGAUGUCAAAGUCUCAGUUUGAUAGUCUAGAAGAUCAUCAAAAAGAAACUUUUCUUAAAAGGGAGCUCUGGAUCAAGGAGAAUUAUGAGGUCUACAAACAAGAACAAGAAGAAGAGCUAAAGCAAAAAUUGGCCAACAACCCUCGAUGGAAGAGAUACAGGAGAUGGAUGAGGAAUGAAGGGCCCGGGCGGCUAACGUUUGUGGAUGACUGAGGGCUGCUGGAAUGCUACUGUGCCAAACCUUAAUCGUGAUAUUAUUUUCAUAACUGAAUUAUUUUAGAAAUGUUUCCACUGCUCCUCUGCAGUAACGGAAAUUCCUUAAGUAUUUGAUUAAAUAGAAUAAUGAAGAAAUUUAAACUUUACCUUAAAACUUUAUACAUGAGACAUUUAUGAUUGUUCAAUUUUUAUAAUCUAUUUGUGGGUUUUGUUAAAAGAUUUAAAAUGAAGAUUUAUAAGUUGCCAUUUAAAAAUUUUAUAUGUUUAGUUAAAAGAUUUGACAUGAAAAUUUAUUAGAUAUCAUUGAAAAUGUUUACGUGUUAAGUGCUUAUUCUUCAAACGUGUUUCCGUAUUCUGUUAUAGUGCUACAUUUUUCUGCUUUCGUGGCCUCUGAUAUUUUCACAAAACAUAAAACAUAACAGCAUUUCAUUAUAUUAUUCUGAGUGUCUUUCUAGACACAAACUUCAACAAAAUGAUUUCAACUAUCACAUCAUCUUCAUUAUAGUUGUUCUGGGAUUAAAAUAUGUUCAGAACAUAUCUCUAGGAGAGUCCUCUAGAAUGUCUUCCCACUCUUCCUCCCCAGUCAUAGUAUUCCUGAGAAGGUCAUAAACUCUCCAGGAGAGUGACUCUGUGUUCAUGUCCUUGUAGGAUGAUCUUGAUUACAGUCAUUAUAGGACUAUGACUUUUUUCAAACAUGUUUCCAGAAGAGACUUUGUACAAAAAGGCCUUUUGUACCACAGUAUUGCUUUUUACCCCCACUUCAAUUUUUAAAAAGUAACGAAGCAGAAAUAGUGUACUGAAAAGUUAUUCAUAUACUAUGAAGUCCUUGAGUGGCAAAAAAAAAAAAAAAAAAAAAAAAAAAAAUCCGUUGUAGAUGAGUGCAUUUACAUACAUUGAAACCAGAAAAAAAGAAGUGACUAUGUGCUGUUCUUUCAAUGAGAUAUAAACAAUGAGAUACAGUUUAUACAUGUGGAGGUGAAAAUGAUUCACACAUAAUUUGACUAAAGCAAGUAUGAUUUUCACCAACGUAUCAAUGCACAUGCGUAGUAGGGAAUCAAUACUGCUGUAGAAGGAUUUAUCCCAUGCUUCAUAUGAAUAAAACGGUUGCAAUGUGUCA